AACCCUACGGCAAGCGCCACCGAGAACACUACGGCAAGCUCCUCUACGACUGCUACUGCACAGAGAAAGACCUUUCCUUGCGGCAUUAAGCUGCUGCAUAAUUCAGAACACAGCGUGGUCGAGUAAGUCAACUCCCUCAAAUCGCAGUUAUGGGCUUAGUGGCUCAGGCUCAUUCAUGCUACAAAUCUUCGAGACUUUUCGAAGCUCACCAACUUUCUACUUUACAACACAGUAUCGUCCUAGUCCACGGACUUACUGGAGACCGCGAGAAGACAUGGACAGCAAAUAAUGAUGAUUCUCCAUGGCCUCAAUCCUUACUUCCAUCGAAAAUUCCCAACGCUCGCGUGCUCACAUUCGGGUACGACGCAUACGUUGCAGACUGGCGGGGCAUGGUAUCGCAGAACAGAAUUGGGAAUCACUCUAUGAACUUGCUAACUAGCAUCGCAACUUUCAGGGAGGACGAUGACACUAACGACCGCCCUAUCAUAUUCAUCUGUCAUAGUCUAGGAGGGUUGGUGUGCGAAGAUGCUCUAUCAGCGGCAGCACGACGACCAGAAAGACAUCUCCGAGCCAUCAUCGACUGUACCUGUGGUAUUCUCUUCCUUGGCACCCCGCACCAUGGCUCUGGCCUCGCAAAGUGGGCUGGAAUGCUGGCCGUUAUGAUCGGCAUCCUCAAGCAAACGAAUCCGCAGAUUCUAGCAGUAUUUGAGAAAGAAUCCGAGGUUCUUGCGCGGGUCCAGGAUGAGUUCCACACUAUGGUCAGGUCACGGAAUCAAGAGAGGCUCCAGCCAAUCGAAAUCACGUGCUUUUUUGAAGAAAUACCUUUACCAGGUGUCGGUGUUGUUGUUCCUAAAGAUUCUGCUAUCUUGCCCGGGUAUAUCCCUAUAGGAAUACACAGCAACCACAUGGAUAUGACAAAAUUCGAGCGCGAAGAUGAGCCCGGCUUUAUAGCAAUUACGGGAGAGCUUCGUCGGUGGAUUAAAGAAUUGACCGUUCCAAGUAGGCAACAGCAUGGGUUGCAGGAUUCAACAUCAUCACGACCUACUCCGUCGUUAAGAAUACCAUUUCGACGUGAUCAAGACUUCGUGGAUUGUGAUAUCCUUCCUGAAAUAAGUCAAAAAUGUUCCUUAGCAGCAUCUCGAGUAGCUCUCGUCGGCCUUGGAGGCGUCGGCAAAUCCCAACUUGCCAUCGAAUACUCAUAUCGGAUUCGGGAAGAAUCACCAGAAACUUGGGUCUUCUGGGUCCAUGCUGGCACGAGGGCCCGGUUCGAAGAAGGCUACAAAGCAAUCGCCGAAAUAGCAAGGGUCGAUGGCCUAGACAAGCCCAGCGUCGACAUCCUUCAACUUGUUAGCAACUGGCUAUGUGAUGAAGUGAAUGGCCAAUGGGUCAUGAUUGUCGACAACGCAGACGAUCCAAACGUCCUUUUCAAGCAAGCUACAGACUAUGGUUCUGCUACAGUAGCACGCUCUUUGUCUGACUUCUUACCUCAAUCACCAAAUGGAUCCAUUGUCCUUACGUCUCGCAGCCGAGAUGUGGCUUUCAAAUUCACAGGGAGGAACUCAGAUAUUGUCACAGUCGGCCCGAUGAACGAGGCCCAUGCCCUAGCUCUACUUCACAAAAAGCUCGAAGGACAUCUGGAUAUGACCGAUGCUGCAGAAUUAGUGCAGACACUCGAAUAUAUGCCUCUUGCGAUUACUCAAGCUGCCGCUUACAUUAGCCAAAGAGCACCACGUAUUAACAUUUCAAAAUAUUUACACGACUUUCGGGGAAGUGACAAAAAUAGAGCAAGUCUAUUGCAGAAGGACGCUGGAGAUAUUCGCAGAGAUAGUACGGCAUCGAACUCUAUCAUCGCUACAUGGCAGAUAUCUUUCGAAUAUAUCCGUAAAGAACGGUUAUCAGCUGCUCGGCUACUAUCGCUUAUGAGUCUCUUCGACCGGCAAGGGAUCCCCGAGGCUCUCCUGCUCCAAAAUUAUCAAGAUAAUGGUGAUGUAAAGGCAAAUUUCGAAGAUGAUCUUUCUACCUUGACAAACUACUCUCUAGUGACGAUGAAUGUUGAGGGAGAUGAAUUUGAGAUGCAUCGGCUUGUGCAAUUUUCGACAAAGAAAUGGCUCGAACUCCACGAAGAGCUGGAGAAUUGGAAGGAAAAGUAUAUCGAUAUCAUGGGAAAUGCUUUCCCAAUCGGGCGGUAUGAGAAUCGGAGAGUAUGUGGCAAGCUGUUUCCACACGCCCAAAUGGUUUUAUUAUUCUGCCCGACGAACGAGGUCUAUUUAGCACAAUGGGCUUCGAUCCUUUUCAACGCUGCAUGGUACUCCUCGGAGAUAGGGAGCUACAACACAGCCGAGGAGAUGGAUCGCCGAGCGUUGGAAGGGAGGGAGAAGGUGCUAGGAAAGGAGCACCCCAACACGCUGACGAGCGUUAGCAACCUCGCCUCCGUGCUACAGAACCAAGGCAAGUACGAGCAGGCCGAGGAGAUGAACCGCCGAGCGCUAGAAGGGCACGAGAAGGUGCUAGGAAAGGAGCACCCCGACACGUUGACGAGCGUUAGCAUCCUCGCCUCAGUGCUACAGUACCAAGGCAAGUACGAGCAGGCCGAGGAAAUGAACCGCCGAGCGUUGGAAGGGUACGAGAAGGUGCUAGGGAAGGAGCACCCCAACACGUUGACGAGCGUUAGCAACCUCGCCUUAGUGCUACAGUACCAAGGCAAGUACGAGCAGGCCGAGGAAAUGAACCGCCGAGCGUUGGAAGGGUACGAGAAGGUGCUAGGGAAGGAGCACCCCAACACGUUAACGAGCGUUAGCAACCUCGCCUUAGUGCUACAACACCAAGGCAAGUACGAGCAGGCCGAGGAAAUGAACCGCCGAGCGUUGGAAGGGUACGAGAAGGUGCUAGGAAAGGAGCACCCCAGCACGCUAACGAGCGUUUAUUGCCUUGCCUAUUUAUUUCAUCAGCGAGAUGAAUUCGAAAAUGCUUCAAUACUCUAUCAAAGAGCAUAUAUAGGUUACCAAAAAGUACUUGGACCGGAUCACCCUACUACAAAAGCAUGUUCUAAGCAUUACGUUUCAUUGUUAGAACAUUCUCGUGGAUAAUAAAAUGGGGUCUUUUUGCAACUCGAAGACGGUAAUACCAAAGGGCAAAGACUUACCCGUUUAAUGCGGGGUAUGAAUGGGAAGAAUGAGGGUCAAGCAUAAUUUCAACAUACCACAGCCGAUUCCGUAUACUGCGAUACGAGAUGAGCACCAAACCUAGACUAGUCGAGCGUUCAUCAAGCAUAGUAGCUGCGCGUGAACUGCGGCUUGUACCUGCAGCGCCUUGACUUCUGUCGGGGCAAUUUCCUAUGCCUCACCUCAUCACCAGACG